GUCAUGAUUGUUUGUAAAUAAAAACCAAAAAGGCAGAAUACGUCCUACGCAGUCCUACGUCUCUUCAGUCUUCAUGGCUCGAAAGUAAUUCAGGUUUUCCAUCAGUCUGCGUCUGCAUAAUUCUGGGCUCUGUCAUUUUUACUUAUCUUGAGCUUAAAGAGUAUUUUAAGUUAUAAAUCAUUGCAUACUUCUUCAAAAUGAGAAAACCUGAUUGAAAAAAUGGUCACAAGAGAAGAAGCCUUGGAGGAGUAUGCAAGGGCUAUCGAGGAGUUGAGGAUCAAGGCCGAAGGCAAGGGAGUUCCACAGGAACAAUUCGACCAACUGAUCAGUGAAUCGUUGGACGAAAUCGCAAAAGAAAUGCAUCCUCAGCUGUCUAUAUACAAAACCGCAAAGAAAUGGACUUUUCGACUUUUGAAGCUUGUGUUCUUGACCUUGCUUUUGUACGCAGUGGUCUCCUGCCACACACCAACCCAGAAGUCGCUGUCAAGGCACAUUCAGGGCUUCAUCUAUCCUUUCAUGAGAGCCUUCAGGAAGCUCACUCUGCCCAUUUUGCAUGCUUAUCCUGAAUUGGCCGAGUGGCAUGAAGAGCCGUGUCUGCUACGAAAUCCACUUUACGGCUUCCGAGGUCCUGAUUGCUGGCCGUGCGAAAAUGUUCGCAGUGUUCUUACUUUUACUUCAUCACCUGAAAACUUUGCUGACACGUAUUUCCACAACGGAGUUCCUUUUGUAUUGAAAGGACAUUCUGUUUUGGUCAACAAGGAUAAAAUCAAAGACUUGUAUCUUGACACUCGGAAAAUCAUCAACAGGUCAGCGCCGAGAAUAAUCGCAGAAAAUACGGAGACGACCACAUAUUUUGUUGAAGAUUUUUUAAAAAUUCCAGAGUUCAACAUGACUGACGUCCAUCCAGAGGCGCAUUUUACUUGGAAAGUAACACGAUCAGAGGCAGCUAGAGUUUUGAAAAAAUUAUUCCCUUUGCCACCGUUUGUCCCACCGAACACUGAGGCAGCCAUCCAGAGAUUUAUUUUCAUCGAUGGACCAGCUGCUCCAACUUACACCAUCCCCUUGACUGAUUUUGCAAAUGUCUGGGUUAGCCAAGCUAAAGGGGCCAGGUUGUUGGCGUUAAAUUCAUCCCCUCAGUGCAUUGGACGAUGCCACGGAGUGUCGAUUUUGUUACAAGAAGGAGAUAUUUUGUUUUACAACUGGCAAUUCUGGCGGUCUCGCAGUCUUCCUGUGUCUGGAGCGUCUGAAACAACGAUUACUUUUGUAGGAUCAUUUUACUAAAACUGAGGUCUGCUGUUCCGUUGCUAACGAUUUCUGGUCUUGCUUAACCAAAUAAUAAGUUAAUUAACAAAAAAUUAUUGAUUUCAAAUAAAAUGUUAAAUAAAUUGUCAAUUUUACGCUUUUUGUGAUAUAUUAACCCUGAAAUAUUUCUGAUUAAUUUAUCAUAAUAAA